AUCAUUUCCCAGAAAACUAACUCUCCGAUUCUGGAAACUGGUUUUAGGCAAGUGCUACGAGAGGAAAAUUUCCUGUUGCAGUCGAAAUUCCAGAUAAAUGGAUGCAUCAAAUCAAGAUCCAAGAAAUCCUCCUCAAGGAUCUAGUCGCCCCCAAUUACGGAGGGUCAGAUCAGCUGAAUUUAGAAGACCUUCCCAUAACUUUUUACAGAUAAUGAAUGCAUCAAAUGGUGAUAUAGUGAAUCCUCCUGAAGUACCCAGUAACUCCCUAUUACGAAGGGUGGAAUCAGCCGUGUUCAAGAGACCUUCCCUUGACCUUUUACAGGAUACGCCUGAGGCCAGAAUGAUGUACUUGAAAUUAUGUGUGCCUCUUCACAAGUAUGCAUCUGAAGGCAAUUGGGAAGAAGCUAAGCUCAUAUUAGGUCAAAAUAGAACGCUUCUGAGUGCUGCCAUAGCACAAGGAUGGUCAACAAUACUUCAUGUAGCAGUAGGAGCAGGUCAUUUUCACUUUGUGGAGGAGCUUGUGAACAUGAUGGAAGAGAACAAAAUACACUUGGAUUUACAAGACUCAAACGGAAACACUGCCUUCAGCUUGGCUACUAUUGCAGGAAACUUGGAGAUUGUUCAGUUAAUGUUAGGAAAAAAUUGCUUCUUACCAAAAAUAAGAAGUCGAACAGGUUUCACUCCUAUUCUUUUUGCUGCAUUACAAGGAAGAGCUGAUUUGACAAAGUAUCUAUAUCCUUUCACUGUUGAUGAAAAUUUUGAAGAAGUAGAAUGGAAGAAGUUAUUCCUCACUUGCAUUGACUCUGGUAUUUAUGAUUUGGCAUUGCACAUGUUGAAAGAAAAAGGAAAACUAGCAUUUGCAACGGAUGAAGAUGGCAUGACAGGUUUACAUAUCAUGGCUCAGACAGCAGAUUUAGGAAGUUAUAGGCCAGAACAUCAAAUUCAACUCACAAGUUCAGGUACGAAGAAUGGUGUUGCCCUUGACCUUGUUCAUCUCCUAUGGGAAGAAAUUCUCAACGGUGUAGAUUCAAAGGAAAAUAUGAAGAAACUCAUAAAUGAACCAUCAAGACUACUAUUUGAUGCAGCAAAAGUUGGAAACUUUGACUUUUUAGCUACACUUAUAAAGUCUUACCCUGAUUUAAUGUGGCAGUUAGAUGACAAAAGACAAACUAUAAUUCAUAUUGCUGUUUUAUAUCGUCAUCCUAAAAUCUUCAAUCUCAUCCAUGAUAUAAGCGGAAGAAAGGAUAUCAUGUUGUCAUAUAAAGACAAAAAUAGUGGAAACACUAUAUUACAUUUGGCUGCAAUGUUAGCACCAGCUAAUCGACUUGAAUUGGUCUCUGGAGCAGCUUUCCAAAUGAAGUUUGAACUAUUAUGGUUUGAGGAGGUGAGGAAGAUAGUGUUGCCCUCAUAUAUGAAGAAGAAAAACUCAAAGGAUAAAACCCCUUGUGAGUUAUUCACUGAGGAGCAUGCUGCAUUACGUAAAGAUGCUGAAUCUUGGAUGAAAGGAACAGCUAAGUCAUGUAUGCUUGUUUCAACUCUUAUUGCUACCGGUGUGUUUACUGCGGCAUUUAGCACACCAGGUGGUAUUAAGGAUGAUACAGGAGUUCCAAAUUAUUUGGGAAAACGAUCAUUUACGAUAUUUGCAAUAUCAGAUGCCAUUGCAAUGAUCUCCUCUUCGGCUUCCAUACUAAUCUUCUUAUCCAUUCUCAUAUCACGUUAUGCAGAAUAUGACUUUCAUCAUUCUUUACCCUCAAAGCUAAUAUUCGGAUUGAUAACACUCUUCAUCUCCAUAACAAGCAUGAUGAUAGCAUUUAGUAGUGCUUUCUUUGUGACAUAUGACCGUGGCUUAAAGUGGGUUCCUAUCUUCAUUUCAGCUCUUUCUUUUUUACCAGUAGUCAUAUUUUUACUUUCACAAUUUAAACUUUUUUUGGAUAUCAUUUACUCAACAUUUUAUUUAAGAUGUCUAUUCAAACCAAGCGAGCAUGUGCUUUACUAGUAAAAUAGAGGCUAUUUUAAUGUUCU